AUGGAGCACGUUGCUGCUCGAUGCAGAGAUUUAAUAGUGGUCAGCUGUGGUCUGCACCACACAGUACUGCUGCUCUCAGGAGGUGAGGUACUGACAUUUGGCAGCAAUACCAGUGGUCAACUGGGCCUAGCAGACUUGACUCCACGAGGGGUGCCAACAAGAGUGAAGCUUCCUCACACCGCAGUCCAGGUUGCGGCAGGCAGCAGCCAUACUGUCAUUCUCUCUUCAAGAGGAGAGGUCUAUACAUUUGGUAGUUUCCAGAAAGGCCAACUUGGUCGUCCCGCUCCGCCACCAGGCCACGAAGCAGCCGGUAACAGUAGCCGAAAAGAUGGUCGUCCACCAAGAGAUGGUCCCUGGUAUUCGAUUCCAGGCCUUGUGCCAAACAUUGGGCCCCGACAUGGUCGAAGGGCAACAUGGGUUGCUGCUUCUGGGGACCAGACAUAUCUCAAAAUUGAUGAGAGCCUCAUUAAUUCCUUGAGCCUGACACGCUCUACGGUCAUGGCCAACAAGCAGAGUAUAAUUUUGCUCCCGACACAGAGUGAUCACAUAAGUUCCUUUAAGUGUUUAGUGAUCAACAAACGUGAUGGAAACUGUAGCAGUUUCAGUGGACCAGAUCAGGUGGACUUCUCCCAUACUGCAACUUGUCUUGAUCCACUGUACAAUGUGCUUUGGAGUUACCACCCAGGCAACCAAGAGCUCGCAUGUUACAACGUUGUAGCAAGUGAAGUACCACCUAUAGAGCACUCUGUACAGCCAAAUCUUUCUAUCUUGAGUCCCGAGCUGGCACUUCCUGUCAUUCCUCACUGCCACGUGACACGCUCUCAGGCCGCCUUGCAUCUUCUCGGUUGCCUCGACACACUCACGUGCCGUGCCCGUGAUCGUCAAACAGCAACAUUGUGUGAUGAGGCACAUGAAGGUCGCCAGGCAGGAAAAGUGUACAGCCGUGAGGACUUCUCAGCUGUGACACGCUUUGAAAGCCAUGGUGGUGGAUGGGGCUACUCCGGGCAUUCGAUUGAAGCUAUUCGGUUCAUGGCAGACACUGACAUCCUUCUUGGUGGCUAUGGACUUUUUGGUGGUCGAGGAGAGUAUACAGGAAAGAUUAAGUUAUUUGACAUUGGUGUUGAUGGAGGUGAGCAGGAAAUUGAUGGAGAGAUGCUAGCUGAGACAGAGGAAGUUCCUUAUGAAUGCGGUCCACGUCAGAAGUAUCCCAUGCUCUUUGAAGAACCCAUUCCCUUGCAGGCUAAUAGGUGGUAUGUAGCUUGGGCACGAGUAAGUGGACCAUCAAGUGACUGUGGUUCAAGCGGACAAGGGAUGGUAACAACAGAAGACCAGGUAGUUUUUUACUUUAAAUCAUCAAAAAAAUCAAACAAUGGAACAGAUGUUAAUGCAGGGCAGAUUCCACAGCUCCUGUACCGUAUUGUUACACCUGAAAAUCAAGCACCAAACCGCCAGCUGGACCAGUCAGAACCUGUAUAUAUACUGAGUAGAGAAUUCUCUCAUUCCGUGUCAAGGGAAUGCUUCCAGUCACUCCUGGCUCUUCUACAGUGGAGCUGGAAUACUUUCAAAGCUGCUGUCAUGGACAUCACUCAUUUGAAUGGCACGACAUCAGGACAGCUAGCAGCGAUGCUGGAUUUAGAAAAGCUCAUGUAUAUCAGCAGGGCAACACUUAGACUUCUGCGUACAUAUACAAAUGAGAUAUACCCAAAUCAAGUUGGUUCAAAGAAACUUCAAACUGAAUCAGUUCGUUUGGCAGAAUGUAUUGGGGAUGUAAGAGCACUGUUGAGGCAGAUUCUAUCAGAUCACUUGCCUAGUUUUCACAUUCCACGAAAAAGUGGGAAAGUACGGAAUCAGAAAGGCUCAACUCCCUACAUGAAAAUGACAACGAGUAUAUUACAGGAGUGCCAUCAGACAUUUGUCUCUUGUUUUCAUGCAUUUUAUCCCACAGCUUAUUUGAAGUGGACUUCUCUGUGUGAUCUCUUAGCAAGUAUGGAUAAGGCUCCUGGAGAAAUUACAGCCAAUUUGGAUCAGUUGUUAAGUGCGGUAUUAGCUGCACUGUGUAGUCCAACUGUUCGACUGCGUUCAACAUUUCCUAUAUUAUGUGGCACCCUGGAUGCAUCUGAUGUGUGUCUCAGACGACAGCUUAGUCCCUCUGACAAUACAGGUUUACCAAUGGUUCCCAGUAUUGAUGGACACCAUUAUCCUAUACUUGUAGAACAAAUGAGCUACAGGAGUCAGCUGGAAGGCAGUUGCAUAGUAAAUAACUGGGUCUUCAGAGAUGUUCUUGACAGGUUACUGGAUUUAGUCACUAUUCCUGUAAAGCAAGCACUGUGCCAGGAGAGAGUGACUCGCUCCCAAGAACUAAUAAAGAAUUGCUGUCACCUUCUGGCACGUAUAAUUGCAGAGUUGGCAUCUCAGUCAAGUGGAACAGAUGAGGACAUACAGGGGGCAUGUGGAAGAGUUCUUCACACAUUGCCAUCUCGGUUCACCCGCACCAAUCAAAGCCGUACAUGGAACACAGGAAAUGGGUCUCCUGAUGCCAUUUGCUUUUCUGUUGACAGACCUGGUAUAGUCAUUGCAGGUGUCUGUGUUUAUGGAGGUGCUGGCACUUAUGAAUAUGAACUGGAACUUUUAGAUGAUCAAAAUAGUGUUGGCAAUGAUCCAUCACAUACACAACGAUGGAACAGUCUGGAAAUGGCACGUGGGACAUUUGGUCCAGAUGAUUGUGUAGCUGAUGUAGCAGAAAUUAAGUUUGACAAACCAGUGCCCAUAAAGGAGAAUGUAAAGUAUGCAAUUCGACUGAGAAAUCAUGGAGGACGUACAAGCAAUGGUGAUGGUGGCCUAAGUUCUGUAAAAGGACCAGAUGGGACUAUAUUCAUGUUCUCUACUUGUUCCCUCAGUUUCAAUGGAACAACACAGUCAAGAGGUCAGAUCCCUCAAAUAUUAUAUUACAGCAAUCCGUUGGACAGGGAGAGUCAACAGACCAGCAAAGCUUGGGCAGAACUUCAAGCUUGUAAAUGCACACUGUCAAUGUCAGCAGCCAUAGUUCAGCGCUGUAAUGACUUGAUGGCUCUUGGCAGAGAGAGAGCUGAAGAUGUGCUUGCUACUGAAGUUCUUGGUAACGCGUGCAUUGUCACUACACUUCUGCCACUUAUGCUGGCACAUAUCAGCCCUUUAGCUACUCUUGAUCCAAGGAGUGCUGUUCAAGUGUUGAGUCUUAUCCAAGAACUGUUGCCUCAUGUCUCGGCACUUAAUUUAAUGAGUUCUGGUAUGCACCAUUCAACUGGUUCUAUAGAAAGCACAGGCCCUGAUUCACAAGGUUAUUGUCCUUCUUCAUCUAUUAAUACAACGUCACACCAUUACGCUUGGGUUGAAAGUGAGCAUCCCUACAAACCAGCUACUGUAUCCAAUUACAGAGUGUCAUUUCCAGAAUGCGUGAAGUGGCUUUGCAUUGAAUUUGACCCACAGUGUGGUACAGCACAAGUGGAGGAUUCGCUACAGUUGUUCAUUCCUAGCAUUGGCGGUGGUAGGGGUAGUGGUGGAGCUCACUUACCUGGCAGGGGCUGUAUAACUUCACCCCUCUCCCCUUCCGGAGAUGAACCUGACAAUGAGACAACGCCAGUUCCAUACUGGCCAAUUCUCCACAGAUUCAGCAGAGGCAGUGCAAAUUGGCCACAGACAGCUAUUGUGCUUCCAGGAAAUGAAGUUAUAUUUUCUUUGGAAACAGCAUCUGAUUAUGUCAAAGAUGAAAAAGCCUGUUACUAUGGAUUUCGUUGUCUAGUAAUUGGUUAUGAGUGGCAUGUUAUCCCAGGAGAUGGUCUGAAACACCUUGAAACAGAACUUGCAUUUCUAGGUGGGAUGUGUGCAGCUUCACUUAUGAAAAAAGAUUUGCUUCUGCCUCCUACGUCUGUUGAAGAAAUGAAUGAAGAUUUGGAGUCAGUGGAAGAAUUUGCUCAGCAAGUCUACAACAGCAAUUCUGCUCUACUUGGCAAAGGCUUUGCCCUUGCUAGCCCACCUACAAUUGCCCAAGCACUUGAAGGAAUUCUUCCAUUCAGGCCACCAGUGCCAAUGAAGUGUAAUUUAUUGAAUUUCAAAAUGGAGAAGUGUUUCCUACAGCAACCAUCUCUGCAUAAGAGAAAACUGACAAAUAGCUGUGGGAAAGCGAAAAUCAGGAAUUUAGACUGUAGAAACUAUCCUAGUCUAAAGCCAUACACUGCUAUGCUGCUCUGGCCCCAUAUCAAGAUAGGGUCUCUCAAAAGUUUUAAAUUGGUGCAGUUAAGAUAA